AUGUAUGAUUUCUUGUUGCCUCAUGGAACUGUGAUCUCAUGGAAAAGUCUCAUGUUUAAUAAUGAUGCAAGACCAAAAGCUAGAUUUACCGUGUGGCUCCACUGUCAUGGAAGAAUGUUAACUAUUGACAGACUUGUUAAGUGGGGUAUGGCUGUUAAUCCUCUAUGCUCAAGAGACCUUUGUUCAUGGAAUGUACUUUUGCUAAAUGUAUUUGGGACAAGAUCCUCACAUGGGCUCAGUGGACUCCAAUACCUACUAUUAUAUGAGACCAGUAAAUGGAUUGGACUAUCAGGAAUGCUAAAGGCAAGACUCAAGCUGCUCUUCAAAAUGAUCUUUGCUGAGUGUAUCCAUGCAGUAUUGCUGGAAAAGAAUCAAAGAGUAUUUGAGAACAAGAGUACGAAUAGUGAGAGCAUUGCUAGAGAGAUUGGUUAUAUUUGUGGUGUUGGGGAAAAACCUGGACUUUGGACCAUGAUUCAUCAUUUUACUUUUUAA